AUGAAUGACGGCGGCAAUCGUGUUUAUGGUGUUGUUCGGUUAUCAGAAGAUUCACAGGAGGUCGUUGAUGCAGACGAAGAGGUCUUUUUGAUAUAUUCAGAUCUCCAGAGCGGUAUUUCUCCAAACUCGAAUGGAUUCCGUGGACUGGGACAGCAAGAUUCGCAUCAUGAUGUUCUCACAGUUCAGCUGGACCUCUGCCCACCGACAGGUGCGCCUCCGGUAUCUUCGUCUCGAGCAAGAUCUUCGCGGCAUUCUUCAAAACGUGGAACCAAAGUGUCGAGGCCUGUUGGUAAAACAAUUGAAAUCAGCAUUGCCCAGGACACUACCGCCUUGCGAAGUCGGCGUGGGGAUACGGGAAGCGUGGUAUGGAAAGCUAGUAUUGAUUUUGCUCGUCUUGUCCUUGAGCAGCUUCACUUUGUUGCACCGACGGCUUCUCUGUUUGACAAGAAUUAUUUGGGAGAUACGGCGGUGCUGGAACUCGGGGCGGGCACCGGUCUGCUGAGCGUAGCACUCUGUUCUUGGGUCAAGAGCUACACCGUCACUGAUACCAGUGAAAUGUUACCACUACUCGAAAAGAACAUCUUACUAAAUUGCUCUGGCUCUCCUGGUACGACUAAUAUAUCAAUCGCCGAACUGGACUGGCUUUCACUGCAUGCAACUCCAUCAAAACGGCGUUCGCGAGUCUUUGAUUUUCCAGCUUUUGACCUUGUUUUAGUGGUGGAUUGUGUAUAUCACCCGUCUUUGGUGCCAGCGCUGGUGGAUACUAUUGAUUGCGUCUCAACGCCUGGACGAACGACCGUGACGGUGGUUGUUGAGCUGCGAGACGAAGAUGCAGUACGCCUUUUGCUACAACUUUGGCUUGGAACCCCUGGCUGGGAAAUACGGAGGAUAGGACGAAGCAUAGGUCUUCCAAGGCCGUACGUGAUUUGGGUAGGACGCAAGGUCCCGACUGUCAAGGAUAAGUAG